CUGGCCCAGGCUGGGCAGGGCAAGAGCCGGCACGGAGAGGCGAGGAAGCACUGGCCGUCUCCGCUAAAAGAUGUGGUAAAAGUUGAGACCCGUCAGUCUGAGCAACUGCAAAAGAAAAACGCCUGAGCUAUUCUUGUAAAGAUGUUGAUGUUUGAAAGUCGAUUAGUUCAAGUUCAACACGCAUGUGGCCCCACUGAAUUUCCUGAAAAUGAAGAAAAACUCUUUGAACUGCAAGCUUUUCAGAAAUUUAUUUUGAAUCUCAGAUUGCUGGGUGGAUUGGCAAAAGAAGCAAUUUUUUGUAAUCUGCGUAUUCCAGAUCAGUUUGAGAAGUCGAAAGAGGAGAUCAGUGUGGUUGUUCUCACAGGUAAAGGAAUAUUCUGUUUGGAUCUGCGGAACUGGAAGGGCAGAGUAUCCCUCCAGGACAACUGUUGGCUGCUACAGAUGCCAGAGAAUACAAAAUUGAUUAAGAACACUUCAGUCAAACAGGUUGCUGAUCCUGUUCAGAGGAUUAAGACCAAAACAUUGAAUUUGUGGAAUCACUUGAUGAAAAAUGGUGUGUGUCUUCGCCAGAGUGUCUUCUUCCCACGAGUAGUCCUUCUGAAUCCUGUCUGUGAAUUAGACCAAGAGGUAUCACAGAUAAAUGAGGUCAUAUCUCCAUGCAGUGUUGAAUCCUUUACUUGUUCUUUCAAGCAAGGGUUUACGUCAUGGAUCACCAAUACCUUUUCUCCACAUUGGCUAUCUGGUCAUUUAUCAUUCCGCCACAUUACUGAUUUAACAAGAGCACUUGGUAAAAUCGGCACGUGGGAUAUUUUGGACCUGCAUGGUGGACAACGGUUGAUAGGCGACUACCAUGGUUGUUUACAUAUAGCACUGAAUAGAGAAGAAGCUGAUGAACUUGAAUUUUCAUAUCCCAGGAAUUUGACUGUUGGAUAUCUCUGGGCUCUUGUGGGUUAUUCACCACAGGUGACUGUCAAGAUGUACAAGCGAGGAGGUCGUGGCUGGUUAUGGAGGCCUGUCUCAAGCACAGUGGUUAUUCCAUAUAACACCCACAUCGCGUUCAGGGUCUGUGGAGAGGAUGCAGAUGCAAAGAUCCCAGCUAACAACAUCGACAGAAUCAUCCUGAGCAUAUGAAAUUGAUUUCAGUGUUAAACAGGCUAUGGCAGCUGUGCCACAUUAUUACAAUAAUACACAACCAUUUUUCAUCGAUCAGUUAAUUUGUGCUCUUCAAGUAAUCAAAACGCAAAUCUCAUUAGUAUAGGUCAGUGUGCAUGGGAAAAAAAUGUAAAAUUCAUAUUGACAGACUAGCUGGCUGGAAAAAAUGCAAAACGUUUAGAUAUGGAAGAGUGCACUGUGUUCCAAUUCAAGAGUGUGCAAAAUUAAUAACUAAAUGACAAGUUUUCAUUGUUAGCACAGGGAAGGUCAUGCAAAAGAGAUGCAUGUUGAUGCUCUGGCUGCAUGUCAGGUACUUAAAUUUAAGAAGCUUUAAUUAGCACAGAGGUUAGUUAUAGUGCCACAAGAGAUAAUUUCUGCUCUGUUUAUUCCUCUCUGUUUACUCUGGAGAAAACAUACCAUUGAUCCUUAUUAAGCAUGAGAAGUGCAUUGAAUAUAAUAUUUCUUAAAAGAGGUAAUGAAUCUUAUCCUUUCAAAAUGUAAAAUGUGACCAUAAUUCUUUCUAUUAAUAUAUUUAAAAUCAAAUUGUUUCAUUUUGGUACUUGCAUUUUAGAACUGAAUAGGCCUGAUUUUCUUCAAUGUAACACAAAUUCAAAUCCCAAGUGUAUUAAAGAGGAAAUGUAAUCAAGAGAGCAUUAUUUGAGCACUCCAUUUCUAUUGUACUGCCCAGGAUUUCCAGGGAGUUUUCUGAAUGGGUGUCUGUGACUAGAUAAGCAAUGGACUAUUGGUUUUGAAAUAUAGUAGGAGUGACAUAAUUGACUCUCCCAUGACACUUUUCUGUAAGUCUGGCUGCAGAUCUACUAUACUUUAGGUCACCCAAGGAGUUAGCAAUGGGACUUAGCACCUGUAGGCUAAGAAUGAUUGCAGUGUUAAGAGUGGAUCAGGUACAUCAUCACUUUGGGGAGUCAGUGGUGUAGUGGUGGUGUCAUUAGACUAAUGCUGUGGGGACAUGUUCUAUCAUACCAGCUGGUGACAUUAAAUUAAUAAAUCUGUAAUUGAAAGCCAGUUUCAGAAUGAUGACCAUGAAACUACCAUCAAUUAUCAUUGAAAACAAUCUGUUUCACUAAUGUUCUUUAGGGAAGGAUAUCUAUGUACUGACCUUGUUUGGCUUAUGUCUGACUCCACUGCAUUGUGGUUAUUCUUCUCAUCUAGCAAGUCAGUUUGUGCUCCAACAAAGUCAGCCUUUCCUUCAUCCAAUCUGGUCCACAGUUUGGUAUUCCUUAUUAAAUUCCACCAUCUCUUUCUCCUUUAACACAUUCCUUAAAACAGAUUUCUUUCGCCAAACAUUUGGUAAUCUGUCCAAAUAUUUUGGUUGGAUCCAUUAUUGUCUUAUGUCUCUGUGAGGGACAUGGGAAUGUUUUGAAAUGUUAUAUAAAAGCAAAUAGUUAUUGAUGUUGCCUAUGGAUAUAAUAGUUACAUUUCAAAGAAAAGUUAACUUUAGACCCCAUAGGAGCAGUACAAAACACAUCCCUCUCUCUGUUUCCAGCUCCAAGCUGUACCGUUACCUGAGCAUCAAUCACAUAGUUGCUGGCAGGCAAAAAAGGUCUCUAUCAUUGGUAACUGGUCAGUACUCAAUGGAGCAACAACUUUUGGUACCAGUAAAAGCUGCACCUAUGCAUCCCCGUGCCCCCCAUCCCCCCUCCCCCCAAAUCGACCUUGGCUCCAAAUCAGCUGCAACUCCAACUUAAUUUAGUGCUUGUUCAAACAGUUGUUCACGAUGCUUGUCAUGGGAGUCAGGUAACCUGAUUUUCAAAAGUUGACCACUCUUUCAAACAUUCAUUUUCAAAACAAAUCUUUCUCAUUUUAGUCGACAGUUUUAGAAACACUAAAUGAAAAAAAUCAGAUUUUAUAUGUCUCCAUCCUUAAGAAAGUGAAACCUCAUUUCAAAAGUGUAUUUUAUUGCAAAACCUGUGAUACAAAAUAAAAUAAGGCUUACAACCA